AUGGACAGCGACGACCCCCAUCCAGCCUUCGCCCCGCCUCGCCAGCACGCCAACGCCGUCGCCGGCCCCUCCUCCCUUCCCGACAUCCCUCCCCUCUACUUCCCGCCACCCGGCCCUCCCCAGCCCCCACCAUACUUCCGAAGCACCGACGACCUCCUCCGCCGUUUCCAGCUCCUUCCAGCCUACGACAAAUAUGUCCGGCCAUAUGCACCACCCGUGUCCCAGCUGAGCGCCGCCGACAAAGGCAAGGCCAAGGAGAUCCCCCUGCGGGAAGCAGCUUCGUCCCCGGCUGCAGGAACACCGGCGGCAGGAGGAGAUGGAGAUGACGAUGACGGGGGAAAGGGCGAAAAGAAGAUGAAGAACUAUAAGCACUUGAUCAAGUCGGUCCCUGGCAAGCAUUCGAUGAAGAAGGACGAUUAUUUGGCCACCCUCAUGGCCAUCCCACCGAAGCAGAAGAUGGAGAUCAAGCCUUUCAGCCAGAAGACGACGCGAGAAGCUUUUGCUGUGAGCUUGGAGGGUUUGAAAGGCUGGAACAUCCACACCCUUGUCUCGGAGUCGUCGCAAGCCAGAGAGGAUCGAAAGAGACGGAAAGAGCUCAGAAAGCUCGCCAAGGCCCAAGGCCAGAGCCUCGUGCAGGCUGUUGCGGCUCCCCCCGCGGCCUUGCCGAAUACGCCAGGCAUGCCCGCCACCCCAGGUGCGGCACCAACACCUGGUGCGCCCCCUGCCGCUGUUGCCGCUCCACGGACGAGUACACCACGGCCGGGUACCGCAAAAGUGCCUCCGACGCAACAGCAGCAGCCUCCAGCACGAGGUCGGACACCUGUGGGCAUCGGCACACCUCAGUCGGUAUCCACGCCGGGCUCUCCCCCGUCUCAACCAGGAAUUCCUCCUGCAAGAGGAACCAAACGAGAAAGGGAAGAAGGCGCAUUGCAAUCAAACGGUAAUGUUCCACCAGCGUCGCAAGUACCGGGACCGGAUGCCCAGAGGGUAGCGAAGGCAGGAGUACCGGGCGUCCGUCCGAGACCGGUGAAAAAGCAGCGUCUGGAGGGGAACGGGCCACCACCAAUGCCGUUCCAGCAACCUACGCCGCACUCAUAA